UACGUUUUCAACGAGACAACAGGAUAAGACCCGAUAUGCCUUUUUUUUUAUCAGCGUGCUGGAUUCUUGACGUAUUGAUGGAGGCGUAGGAGUGGUUACUGUAGUUUGACAGAACCGACAACAAAUAAGGGCGAAGUGGUUACUGUAGUUUGACAGAACCGACUACAAAUAAGGGCGAAGAGGCAUUACGAUUACUAGCUCACGCGACAUAACCUGCACGAAGAGACUUGAAAGAAAUUGUCCAUUCUGUCGGAACCAAAUAAGCUGAGAAAAAAAAUGGGGGGUUGUGCUGGAUCUAAGGUCGUUCAGGAGGGCGUCAAGAUUGCGGCCGAUGAGCCAGCCAAGUACAACGAAAAAGCCUUCGAGAAGAAUGUGGAUGAAGAUGAGGAGGAGCAGGAAGUGGAUGACGACGAUGACGUCAUGUCCGAUUCAGCAUUCAACUACAAGCCCAGCACGGCUAUGAGUAUUAGUGCCACUAGUGCCACAAUGUAUUUCAGUAUUUGUUGUAAGAUCCAUCACCUAGCAAUGCAAUUAACCUAAAUAAAACUUUCUCCUCUGAUCCACCAAUCACCAUCUCUGCAGGGCAAUCAGUCUCCGCAGAGGCUUACGGCGCGUGGAACAAGAAGGAGGCUUUUGCAGUCCCAGUCCAUCCAAAGACAGACGAACAGAAAGCUCGACUAACAGAGACGCUGAAGAAGAGUUUUAUGUUCCGAGCCUUGGACUCAAAGGACAUGGAUGCGGUAUUCUAUGUAGAGAUAGUUGAGACACCAUAAUGACGAUAGCAACGUCGUUCUUCUGAAGUAACUCGCACCGAAAAACUUUAGGCACUACACCCUUAGCAGUGAGUUUCCUCUAUAGAAGUGCAUCAUCUUCGUAUCUAUAUAAUUGCCAGGUAAUCGGCGCCAUGGAAGAAGUAACUGCAACGGCAGGCGAACGCAUGGUCACCCUUGGAGAGAUUGGCGAGUUUUUGUUUGUUAUCGAGACAGGCGCAUUGGAAUGCCGAAAGGAAAUCAAUGGAGUCGAUACACUCCUCAAGACUGUGGAGGAAGGUGCUUACUUAUGUUAUGUAGCAUCUCAAAUUCAUGUUAUGUAGCAUCUCCAAUUCGAAUUCCUAAAUUUCUGAUUUUAUCUCCUUUUGUUUCAAUUUGAAUUCAGUGGGAUCGAUGAGUUACAUCUUCAAGAUCAUGACCAACGUCAUCGCUAUCCCCAUCCUCAUCGUUUCAAGUAUUUGAAAAAUGCUCUAUGGUACUCUCCCUCUAGGAGUUGUUUAUCUUGUGACCCUUCUGGCACUGUUCUCUCCGCAUUCUCAUGGCAUAUUUGGAAAUAGACAGCCGGUUUGCUUUCCUCUUUCUACGUUUAAUAGGCUAUCCCUUCAAAAUGUGAUGGAUUCGAACAUGUUGGCACAUUUUGAAGGGACAGCCUAUUAAACGUUCGAGCCUGUUGGUGCAAAAGGUUAGCUUAGGCUCUGGCUCAUCCUCAUACUCCAGUGAUGUUGUCAACUUAAUCUUCAUUCUAUAAGCAAGAAGUCUCCAUGCAAACUAUUCGCCCAGUGAAGACGUUUGAUAGGCUAUCCCUUCAAAGUGCCCCCCUUUCUACGUUUAAUAGGCUAUCCCUUCAAAAUGCCCCCCAAAAAAAUUCCUCUUUCUACGUUUAAUAGGCUUUCACUUCAAAAUGCCCCCUCCCCAAAAUUCCUCUUUCUACGUUUAUUAGGGGAUCCCUUCAAAAUGUGCCCCUUGAUGCAAACUAUUCGCCCAGGUGAUGUCUUCGGUGAAUUAGCUGUCCUCUAUAACACGGCUCGCGCGGCCAAUGUUGACGCCAAGACUGACUGCGUCUUGUGGAAGCUGGGCCGACGAUCGUUUAAUGAAAUCGUGAAGGAGUCAGCGCAAAAGAAGCGCGAACGCUAUGAGGGAUUCUUAGCAAAAGUUCCGCUCUUGAAGGCCGUGGACGGCUAUGAGCGAAGUCAUAUCUGCGAAGGACUCGUCACGGAAAGGUAUUUGCUUCCAGCGUCUUUGUUUUGAUAGGAUUGUUUUGCCAUCGUGACUUCCACUCCGUGCUUUUCUCGCAGUACAAAAAUUCUUACCAUGAACGAAAAAAUAGGGCUCGGCUUCUAUCUUAAUCCUCGCCGAACCAACCACGCCACCUCCUCACACCUUACCGACACUCUCUCCUCCCACUUAGUUUCGCUGCCGGUGACGUGAUUAUCCGAGAGGGGGAUACCGGAGACAAAUUUUACAUCGUCGAGGACGGUCACUGUGAGGCAGUGAAAAGUGGCCUCGAGGACAAGGCUCUGAAUUACCAAGCGGGCGACUUCUUCGGAGAGUUGACUUUAUGUUGAGCAAACUUGUGCGAGGAAGUUCUUGCUGUUUUGAGUAAUGUGAGGAACUUGUUGUGAGUUUUUUGUCAAAAGUAUCUCCCUCUAAUGCUACAGCACGGGUGCUAUGAACAGUACUAUCAGGGGCAUACACGACAUCACAUACUACAGCACUCCCCGCCCUUUUCCCUCUGUCUCUUCCCUGAAGCUCUAAGGCCUCUUCUGAAAGACCAAGUACGACAAGCAACGGUAACCGCACUCGAAGAUUCGAAGUUGCUCAUGCUCGAUCGUCGUGCCUUCAAGCGACUCUUUGGCGGAUCAGCGCAACUCGCAGAUGCCUUCGCCGAACAGGAGAAUAAGUACAAACAACAGUAA